AUGGCAAAUUGUAAAAAUAUGGUUUUAUUACCUCCAUCAGCAUUUGAUCCAUCAUCAUUGAUAUCAUCAACGACUACAUCAAAUGCUACAAUUAAUCAUUAUGAAAUGAAUACGGAUACUGUUCAUGAACAACUUGAACAAUUACAAACAGAAAUAAGUCGUUUAAAAAAUAAUAAUGAACUAUUAAAAACAUCCGGUCGAGAUUUGUUAGAACAUGCACCAACUCUAAUAAGUUUACCUCGUCGUUCAAAUAUUGUUCAAGAAACAUUAGAAGAUAUUAUUAAACGUCAAGCACAAGAAAUUCAACGUUUAAGAUCAGAAUUAGAACGUGAAAAAUCAAAAUGUUUAUUAUCAAUUGCCGAAUUAGAACAAACAAUAAUUACAAAAGAAAUUUAUUAUAAAAAACAAUUAAAUGAAUAUGAAAUAAAAACAAAACAAUUAAAUGAUAAAUUAAAAUAUGAUAAUGAUAAUUAUUUAAAACAAGUUCAUGAUAAAGAAAGAGAAAUAAAUAAUAUUAAACAAUUAUUAUAUGAUCGUUCUUAUUCACCAUCAACACAAACAAUUGAAACUAUUACAAAUGAAAAACAUGUAUUAUUAAAACGUUUAGAACAAAGUGAAAAACAAAAUCAAUUAUUAAAUGAACAAAUGGAUUUACUAAAUUUAAAACUUGUAUCAAUAAAUAAUGUUCUCACUGUUCAAGAAGAACAAUUAGAACCAACCGAUUCAUCAUCAAAUGAAAAUAAACGUCAAAAAUUAUUAAAUUGUUGGCGUACAAAAGUUUAUGAUUUAUUAUUACAAUUAAAAUCCAUGGAAUUAAUAUUAAAAAAUAAUCGUACAAAAUUUUCUAAUGAUAUUGAAAAUUUACAAAUGAAAGUAAAUGAUUUAUUACAUGAAAAUAAAUUAUUAAAUACACAAUAUGAUGAACGAAAAAUUCAUAUUCAAUAUAUUGAAUCAAAAUUACAACAAUAUGACAAUGAUAUAUCAUCAAAAGUGAAUGAAAAUGAAAAUUUAAAACAAACAAUAAAAGAAUAUGAAUUAAAUGAGAAAAUAAUCUAUGGUAUUAUAGAAAAAUUUCAAUUUAAUACAAUUGAUGAAUUAUUUAAAAAUAUGAAUAAAAAUUUAUCAGUUUAUGAACAACGUUUAAAUUAUAUAAAUAAACGUGUUGUACUAUUAAAUACAUUAUUUUCUCGUCAACUUUCAUCAUCAUCACGAAUAUCUAUUGCAUUACAAACAGAUGAACAACAACAACAACGUUAUAUUGAUCUUGAUCUAUUAGAAAAUGAAUUAAAAACUGUUACAAAUGAACGAGAUAUAUUAGCAAAAAAAUUACAUUAUGAAUAUGAUACAUCAAAACGAAAAAUAACAGAUGUAGAAAAAAGUUAUCAAAAUGAAUUGGCAAUUGUUAAUGAAAAAAUAAAUAUGAUGAAUAUUAUUUUACAACAAAAUAGUGAACAAAUUCAACAAUAUGAAAUAAAUAUAUUAGAUAAAGAUAAACAAAUACAAUUAAUAAAUGAAAAAUAUAGUCAUCAUGAACAGAAUAUAAAUAUUAAACAAAAUAAUUUAGUUGAAGAAUUAAAACAUCAAUUUGAAGAACGUGAAAAAAUAUUAUUAAAUGAAAAAGAUCAAUUAGAAAAGGAAUUAAAUGAUGUUAAACGUGAACAAGCUAAAGUUUUAGCAAACUCAAGACAAAUUGAACGAACAACAACACGAGAGAAAGAACGAUGGCAACGAACAUUAGCUGAUAUGCAAUUAAAAUCAGAUCAAGAUUUAGAAAAAUUAACAAAACGAAUAAUGACACUUGAACGUGAACGAAAUUUAUUAAUGAAAACAAUUCAACAAGAAUUCCAUCCAAAUCAUCAUAUCAAUGAAAUUGAAAAUAAUAAUGAUGACGAGCAUGAUGAUGAAAUAGCAGGUUUAAUGUCUGAUAUACGUAAAUUAGCAACAAAAGCAUUAGAGGAUGCCUCGAGUGAUGAAAAUGAUGCUUAA